ACUCCUUUCCAGUGAGGGACCAGCAGAAAGCGUACCGGGGUGGGACGGGUGCAGCUCUCCGAGUAGCAACCGGAGAAAGAGACAAGGUAGGAGGCUGCCCUCCAGAUGCGGGGUAGUCCGUGGCGUGACUCUCCAGGGCUAGAGCACGCCCUCCGCGUGCGGCGCACCACCCCCCCCCCCCGCCCGGCACACUCACACUUGCACCUCCCACCGCCCCCCUUCAUUCACAAGGUCUGAGCACGCAUUCCCACACAGCCGAGUCUCGCUCAGCCCCCGCGCGCCGAAGGGAGGGAGCGCAGAGGGGGUCUUGCAGACUCUCUUCGCGCUCGCCUGGCUUAACGCCCACACUCUGGAUUCUGCCUAAUUCCGGACUGGAGGAGGGGGCUACAGUCCUGCUGCGGGGUCCAGCUUGGAGCCGGGCUCCCCCCAGCCCCCGCCGCAGUGGAGCGCGCCGCCGCAAGAGCGAGGCGAGACCGGGAUAGCCCGGCUGGGGAGGCGGGAGUGAGGGGGCGGGGAGGAGGGUUAGCUAAGGGAGCGUGAUAGAGGGAGAAGAAGGUGAGAGGAAAGACCGAGAGCCAGAAGAAAAGGAAAACCAGGGAAAGCAAUCGCGGGCGUAGUAAGGCCACCAGUUGGAACUGUAAUUUAAAAAAAAAAAAAAAAAAGGCACACGCGAAACGCAUGCGCACGGCCGACGGAGGCGAGCUGGCCCGAGCUUCCCCUCCCGCUCGCCCGGCGGACGGUGAAAUCCCCAUGAGAUCUGAGCGGACGGAGAUGCGGAAACGGCAGAUGCCUGCACCCCAGGAGACCACCAGCUCCAUGCCAGACCAGCCCGGAGCAGGGGACCGCGGGUCCAACGCCUGCUGCUUUUGCUGGUGCUGCUGCUGCAGCUGUUCCUGUCUUACUGUUAGAAACCAAGAAGAACAGAGACCCAGGAGGCCCUCCCAUGAACUCAGAAGAGAAGACCUUCCAACCUGUGAAGAAAGCCCAAGUCCCACCCUGGAGGAAGUCAAUGCCUGGGCUCAGUCCUUCGACAAGGUAAUGCUCACUCCCGCGGGAAGGAAUGCUUUUCGGGAAUUCCUCCGAACAGAGUUCAGUGAAGAAAAUAUGCUUUUCUGGAUGGCGUGUGAGGAACUGAAAAAGGAAGCUAAUAAAACGAUCAUUGAAGAGAAAGCAAGGAUAAUCUAUGAAGACUACAUUUCUAUUCUUUCUCCGAAAGAGGUCAGUUUGGACUCCCGAGUAAGAGAAGUCAUCAAUAGGAAUAUGGUGGAGCCAUCCCAACACAUAUUUGAUGAUGCACAACUCCAGAUCUACACCUUAAUGCACAGAGACUCCUAUCCCCGGUUCAUGAACUCUGCCCUUUAUAAAGAUCUGCUGCAGUCCUUAGCUGAGAAAUCAGUUGAAGCAUAGGAUGUUAUCAAAUAUAUUUAUUAUUAAUAAAAUAAUAAAAGAACUGAUGGACUACAUCUAGUACAAGGAACUUAUAGGUAGUAGUACCUUCUACUAGAGUAAUACUUGGGCUGUUUUAAUAAACAUGCUUCCUUUUACAGAAGCCUAUAUAUUCACAAUGUAAACUGUGGCCACCUGUACUGAUACUUUCGGGGGGGAAAGUGGGGUAUGGCUGUCUUAGAAAAAGAUAGGAUAGUUACAUUUAUGUCACCGCAGCAUGUCGUCAAUGGCGAACGAUACUCUAGAAGACUCCUCCUGCCUGGGGCACGUGGGUCCAUUGGAGCCAAGAGGACUGCCUUUGUUUUGCAUGAGUGCAGUAUCUGAUGACUCUCCUCCCAAGGAAAAGGUGUUCAACUGUUUCUUAGCUACUCCUUCCUUCCGUCUGGCUGCUUUGAAUAUUUUGCUUCUCAGUGCCAUCACAGGACCCAAAUUCCCAUUUUAUAAAGAUGUGUCACCACUACUUAUAAAAUGGAAUUCUGCUUUUA